AUGCGUCCUGAAAUCGAACAGGAGCUCGCCCACACCUUGCUGGUAGAACUACUGGCCUACCAGUUCGCAUCUCCCGUUAGAUGGAUUGAGACGCAAGAUGUUAUCCUGGCAGAGAAACGAACGGAAAGGAUUGUUGAGAUAGGUCCAGCAGAUACCCUGGGUGGAAUGGCACGACGAACGCUCGCAUCGAAGUAUGAGGCAUAUGACGCUGCCACAUCCGUCCAACGCCAAAUACUCUGCUAUAACAAGGAUGCGAAGGAGAUCUACUAUGAUGUAGAUCCUGUGGAGGAAGAGCCCGAGGCCCCUGCCGCAAACAGCACACCUGUGCCAGCUGCUCCGGUGGCAGCUACUGCGGCCCCUGCCGCAGCAGCCCCUCCUCCCAGCGCUGGUCCCGCCGCAGCAGUUGAGGAUGCUCCAGUAACAGCAGUGGAUGUACUCCGGACACUCGUCGCACAGAAGUUGAAGAAGGGUUUGUCUGAUGUGCCUCUAAGCAAAGCCAUCAAGGACUUGGUUGGUGGUAAAUCUACCUUGCAAAAUGAAAUCCUCGGAGAUUUGGGCAAGGAAUUCGGUUCCACACCAGAGAAACCUGAGGACACCCCUCUUGAUGAGCUGGGUGCUUCCAUGCAGGCGACAUUCAAUGGGCAACUGGGCAAGCAAUCCUCCUCUCUGAUUGCUCGCUUGGUCUCCUCCAAGAUGCCCGGAGGUUUCAACAUCACUGCCGUUCGCAAAUACCUCGAAACACGAUGGGGCCUGGGAUCCGGCAGGCAAGACGGUGUUCUCCUUCUCGCCCUUACAAUGGAACCCGCAUCUCGUAUUGGAUCGGAGGCGGACGCUAAGGUAUACCUCGAUGAUGUGACCAACAAAUACGCCGCUAGCGCAGGAAUCAGCCUCUCUGCUCCAGCAGCCGGUGGCGACAGUGGUGCGGGAGCCGGAGGCAUGCUCAUGGACCCAGCAGCAAUUGAUGCUCUGACCAAGGAUCAACGGGCCUUGUUCAAGCAACAACUUGAGAUUAUAGCAAGAUACCUAAAGAUGGAUCUGCGCGCAGGCCAAAAAGCUUUCAUCACCUCCCAGGAGACUCAGAGGGCUUUGCAAGCCCAGAUAGAUCUUUGGCAAGCCGAGCACGGUGAUUUCUACGCUUCCGGCAUUGAGCCAUCUUUCGAUCCUCUUAAGGCCCGUGUGUACGACUCUUCCUGGAAUUGGGCCCGUCAGGACGCUUUGAGCAUGUACUAUGAUAUCAUCUUUGGCAGACUGAGGGUCGUUGAUCGUGAAAUCGUGAGCCAGUGUAUCCGCAUCAUGAAUCGGUCGAACCCGCUUCUUCUUGAUUUCAUGCAGUAUCAUAUCGACAACUGUCCUACUGAUCGUGGUGAGACAUAUCAGCUGGCGAAGGAGCUUGGCGAGCAGCUCAUUGAGAAUUGCAAGGAAGUUCUCGGGGUUGCCCCAGUCUACAAGGAUGUGGCGAUCCCCACCGGUCCCCAAACAACUGUUGACGCUCGAGGAAAUGUUGGCUAUAAGGAGGUUCCCCGAGCCAGCGCUCGCAAGCUGGAGCACUACGUGAAACAAAUGGCGGAAGGCGGUCCCAUCUCUGAGUACAGUAACCGGGCUAAGGUGCAAAAUGAUCUUCGCAGUGUCUACAAACUGAUCCGCAGGCAACACCGUCUGUCUAAAUCUUCCCAGUUACAAUUCAAUGCGCUUUAUAAAGAAGUCAUUCGUGCCCUCAGCAUGAACGAGAACCAAAUCAUGCCGCAAGAGAACGGCAAUGGGAAGAGGUCGAACCGGUCCGGUCAAAAGCAUAACGGCAGCCCUCGAGCUGGCAAGGUCGAAACCAUUCCUUUUCUACAUCUCAAGAAGAAGACUGAGCAUGGGUGGGAGUAUAAUAAGAAGCUCACUGGUACCUAUCUUGAUGUAUUGGAGUCAGCCGCGCGCGGUGGUGCCAAGGUGGUUGUGACCACAAGCCGUUACUCACGUGAAGUCACUGAGUACUAUCAAGCCAUGUAUGCCCGCUACGGUGCCCGUGGCUCACAGCUGGUCGUGGUCCCUUUCAACCAAGGUAGCAAACAGGAUGUAGAAGCCCUUGUCAACUACAUAUAUGAUACGAAGAAGGGGCUUGGUUGGGACCUAGACUAUGUUAUCCCGUUCGCUGCCAUCCCAGAGAAUGGCCGGGAGAUUGAUUCUAUCGAUUCCAAGUCGGAGCUCGCUCACCGAAUCAUGUUGACAAACCUCCUGCGGCUCCUAGGCUGUAUUAAAUCUCAAAAGCAGAGCAAUGGCUUCGAAACACGACCGGCCCAGGUAAUCCUUCCCCUAUCACCAAACCACGGCACAUUCGGGAAUGACGGCUUGUACUCUGAGUCCAAGCUAGCUCUGGAGACGCUCUUCAACCGUUGGUACUCAGAGAGUUGGAGUAACUAUCUUACCAUUUGUGGUGCUGUUAUUGGCUGGACUCGCGGUACAGGUUUGAUGAGCGGGAACAACAUGGUCGCGGAAGGAGUUGAGAAACUUGGUGUCCGCACUUUCUCUCAGCAAGAAAUGGCCUUCAACUUACUGGGCCUCAUGGCUCCUGCAAUUGUCAAUUUGUGUCAGCUUGACCCUGUUUGGGCCGAUCUGAAUGGUGGACUUCAAUUCAUUCCUGAUCUGAAAAGUCUCAUGACAAAGCUCCGUACCGACAUCAUGGAGACAAGCGAUAUCCGCCAAGCGGUGAUCAAAGAAACUGCCAUCGAGAACAAGGUUGUUAAUGGAGAAGACAGUGAAGCGCUGUACAAGCGUGUUGUUGCUGAGCCUCGAGCCAAUAUCAAGUUCGAGUUUCCCAAACUCCCCAGCUGGGACACAGAAAUACAACCUCUUAAUGAAACUCUCAAAGGCAUGGUCAACUUAGAUAAAGUUGUUGUUGUUACUGGUUUCGCAGAAGUCGGGCCUUGGGGUAACUCGCGAACCCGCUGGGAAAUGGAGGCUCAUGGAAAAUUCUCUCUUGAAGGUUGUGUGGAAAUGGCAUGGAUCAUGGGGCUUAUCAAACACCACAACGGUCCGCUGAAAGGAAAGUCAUACUCGGGCUGGGUUGAUGCAAAGACUGGGGAACCAGUAGAUGACAAAGAUGUUAAGCCGAAGUAUGAGAAGUAUAUUCUUGAGCACUCUGGUAUCCGUCUCAUCGAACCUGAGCUCUUCAAGGGUUACGACCCGAAGAAGAAGCAGCUGCUUCAAGAAAUUGUCAUUGAGGAGGAUUUGGACCCAUUCGAGGCCUCUAAAGAAACAGCUGAAGAAUUUAAGCGGGAGCAUGGUGACAAGGUUGAGAUUUUUGAAGUUCCCGAAUCCGGAGAGUACACCGUCCGUCUCAAGAAGGGUGCCAACCUCUUGAUUCCCAAGGCUCUCCAGUUUGACCGCCUUGUUGCAGGCCAAGUGCCAACUGGCUGGGACGCUAAGCGAUAUGGUAUUCCCGACGACAUCAUUGAGCAGGUUGACCCAGUGACCUUGUUUGUUCUUGUCUGUACUGCUGAAGCGAUGCUCUCGGCCGGUAUCACCGAUCCUUACGAGUUCUACAAGUAUGUCCAUUUAUCCGAGGUGGGCAAUUGCAUUGGCUCUGGAAUUGGGGGAACCCAUGCCUUGCGAGGAAUGUACAAGGAUCGGUACCUAGACAAACCACUUCAGAAGGAUAUCUUGCAGGAGUCUUUCAUCAACACAAUGAGUGCAUGGGUCAACAUGUUAUUACUCUCCUCUACUGGACCUAUCAAGACGCCCGUUGGUGCUUGUGCAACGGCUGUGGAGUCUGUUGACAUCGGGUAUGAGACUAUUGUCGAAGGAAAGGCCCGCGUCUGUUUUGUCGGUGGUUUUGAUGACUUCCAGGAAGAGGGCUCAUAUGAGUUCGCCAACAUGAAGGCUACCAGUAAUGCUGAAGAUGAGUUUGCCCACGGACGUACACCUCAGGAGAUGUCACGUCCUACCACGACUACUCGUGCUGGUUUCAUGGAAUCACAAGGUUGCGGUAUGCAACUCAUCAUGAGCGCUCAGCUCGCGCUGGACAUGGGGGUGCCAAUCCACGGUGUUAUUGCGUUGACAACUACGGCUACCGACAAGAUCGGUCGCUCGGUUCCUGCACCCGGACAGGGUGUCCUUACUACUGCGCGGGAGAAUCCUGGCAAAUUCCCAUCGCCCUUGUUGGACAUCAAGUACCGCCGCCGGCAGUUGGAUUUACGCAAGAAGCAGAUCAAGGAGUGGCAGGAAUCUGAGUUAUUGUAUCUUCAAGAGGAGGUUGAGGCCAUGAAAGCUCAAGGCUCCGAGUCGUUCAACAUGUCUGAAUACAUGCACGAGCGAGCCCAACACAUUGAGCGCGAGGCCGUGCGCCAGGAGAAGGACGCCCAGUUCAGUCUCGGCAACAAUUUCUGGAAGCAGGACUCGCGCAUUGCUCCUCUGCGUGGCGCUCUUGCCACCUGGGGCCUCACUGUUGAUGACAUCGGCGUCGCUUCUUUCCAUGGUACCUCCACUGUCGCAAACGAUAAGAAUGAAUCGGAUGUCAUUUGCCAGCAGAUGAAGCAUUUGGGCCGUAAGAAGGGAAACGCAGUCCUGGGUAUCUUCCAGAAAUACUUGACUGGACAUCCCAAGGGUGCUGCCGGUGCUUGGAUGUUCAACGGCUGCCUGCAGGUUUUGGAUAGUGGGUUAGUUCCCGGCAAUAGGAACGCCGAUAAUGUGGACAAGGUGCUCGAAAAGUUCGACUAUAUUGUCUACCCAAGCCGCAGCAUUCAAACGGAUGGUGUAAAGGCAUUCUCAGUUACCUCAUUCGGUUUCGGUCAGAAGGGCGCACAAGUUAUUGGUAUUCACCCCAAAUAUCUUUACGCCGCUCUCGACCGCUCCCAGUUUGAGGCCUAUAAGGCCAAGGUUGAGGCCAGGCAAAAGAAGGCCUAUCGCUUCUUCCAUAACGGCCUGAUCAACAAUAGCAUAUUUGUUGCUAAGAACAAGGCGCCAUAUGAAGAUGAGCUUCAAAGCAAAGUCUUCCUCAACCCUGAUUAUCGGGUUACCAUUGACAAGAAAUCUUCUGAGCUUAAGUUCCCUGCAGCUCCUCCAAAAGUCGCUGAUAAUGGAGUUGAAAGCACGAGGCAGGUAGUUGAGUCGCUGGCGAAAGCUCACGCUGUUGAAAACUCCAAGGUGGGAGUGGAUGUAGAAAACCUGGAAUCUCUCAAUAUUGAAAAUGAGACGUUCAUCGAGCGGAACUUCACUGCUGAAGAGCAGCAAUACUGUCGCAAGGCAGCCUCUCCCCAAGCAUCAUUUGCCGGACGCUGGAGUGCGAAGGAGGCUGUUUUCAAAUCCCUUGGUGUUUGCAGCAAAGGCGCCGGCGCUCCGUUAAAGGACAUCGAAAUCACUAACGACGCAACAGGGGCUCCUGUUGUUAACCUUUAUGGUGCUGCAGCCGAGGCGGCCAAACAGGCCGGUGUGAAACAGGUCAAUGUCAGCAUCAGCCACAGUGAUUCUCAGGCAAUAGCCGUAGCCGUUUCCACAUUCUAA